AUGAUUCGAAAUUUAUCAAUUAAUCGAUUUUAUCAUUCAUUGAGAAUAUUGGGUAUUGAAACGAGUUGUGAUGAUACAGCAGCAGCUGUUGUUGAUAGUCAACGAACUAUUCUAAGUCAAGCAUGUCGAAAUCAAUUGAAAUAUCAUCAACCAUGGGGUGGUAUUGUACCAAGUAUUGCAAAAAAUCAUCAUUAUGAAAAUUUAGUACCAGUUGUAGCUGAAGUUAUGAAAGAUAUUGAAUGGAAUACAAUAUCUGCAAUUGCUACAACUGUUAAACCCGGUCUUGUUAUUUCACUUUGGCAAGGAAUAAAUUUUACUCGACAACUUCUUCAAAAGUAUACACAUCUAUCAUUUAUUCCCAUCCAUCAUAUGGAAGCACAUGCACUUACUGUUCGUUUGACACAUGAUGUACCAUUUCCAUAUGUGGUUUUACUGGCAAGUGGAGGUCAUUGUAUUUUAGGUAUUGUGGAAGAUGUUGACAAGUUUUAUCGACUUGGUGAAACGAAAGAUAUUGCACCUGGUGAAGCAUUUGAUAAAAGUGCACGUGAAAUGAAAUUACACGAACAUCCACUUGUUCAAGAUAUGGCUGGAGGAGCAGCUAUUGGACAUUUAGCACGUGAAGGCGAUGAAAAACGAUAUCAAUUAAUAACAUCGAAAUAUUCAGCUAAAAUGAAAGAUUGUUCAUUUAGUUUUGGUGGUAUGUUAUCACAAAUUCGACGAGUCAUUGAAAAAGAAAGUAUUUAUUGUGGAUCAUCAAAUGUAGAUGAACAAAAACUAAAAGAUUUUGCAGCAUGUAUUCAAGCAAGUAUUGUCAGACAUAUAGAAACACGUGUACAUCGAGCGAUAUUAUUUUGUGAUACUAUUCAAAAACCACAAUGGAAACGAAGACUAGUAUCUGGUGGUGUUGCAAGUAAUUUAUAUCUUCGACAACGAAUAAAUGAAUUAUGUACUCAUUAUGGAAUUGAACUUGUUUGUCCACCAGUAGAAUUUUGUACUGAUAACGGUGUAAUGAUUGCUUGGAAUGGUAUGGAACGAUAUCAACGAAAUUUGAAUGUAUUUGAAAGAAUGCCUGAGAUUCUCGUUCCUGAAAGUCGAUCACCAUUAGGUUCAGAUAUUAGUGAACAAGUGCGCACAUGUGAUCUUAGUGUACCAUUCGAUUGGAAAACUAUUCUUGAAAAGCAACAUAUAUUGUUAUGA